GCAUCUCAUCCUUCAUCUCCAUGUGCAUUGCAUGCUUCUUCUGCUGCAUUGCCUGCUUCCUCUGCUGCGUUGCCUGCUUCAUCUCCAUGUGCAUUGCAUGCUUCAUAUCCAUCUGCAUUGCCUGCUUCCUCUGUUGUAUUGCCUGCAUCAUCUCCAUCUGCAUUGCCUGCUUCAAACAGUGAACAGAACAACAUAUAUGCAGUCAUGGAAAGGCAAAAUGAAAUCACUGCAUUAUUAGUGCACCAACAGUCUCUCUCUUCCAUGCCCAAAAAGGAGAUUCAGGUUUUUGAUGGUGACCCACUUCAAUACCAAAUGUUCAUUAAAUCCUUUGAACACAGUAUUGAAAGUAAGAACCAAAGCCACAAAGAUUGUCUCUACUAUCUUGAACAAUAUACAAGAGGACAGCCAAGGGAACUUGUGAGAAGCUGUUUACAUAUGGCCCCGGACAGAGGAUUCAGGAAGGCCAAAUCUCUGCUUCAGGAACAUUUUGGCAACGAGCAUAAAAUUGCAACAGCUUAUAUGGAGAGGGCUCUUUCUUGGUCGUCAAUAAAAGCUGAUGACACAAAGGCUCUGCAAGCAUACACACUUUUUCUAAGAGGUUGUUGUAAUACAAUGGAAGACAUAAACUAUAUGCAUGAGCUCGACAUGCCCUCCAACAUGCUCAUCGUCAUAAAGAAGUUGCCCUACCGGCUGAGAGAUAUAUGGAGAACUAUGGCCUGCAAUUUCCAGGAAGAACAUAAUCAAAGAGCUACCUUUAAGAACAUGGUGGAUUUCCUGGAAAAGCAGGUGAAGAUUCUAACUCAUCCAAUAUUUGGAGAUAUCAAAGACACUCCAACUGUGAGCAAAGAUGUAAGAAAGUCCAAGUCGCAGCCUUAUCCAAAAUUAAAAGGCAGCAUCUUUGCCACCACUGUGACAGAUGCAGAAAAGAAGAAUGAUAAAGGAACUAAGGAGAAGGAGAGUUUGUCUGCUGCUGUGAAAAACUGUUUGUUCUGUGGAGGUGGACAUGCUUUGGAGAUGUGUUCACAAUUGGAAAUGAGGACACAUAAUGAGAAAAUUGCUUACCUGAAAGAAAAUGGAGUAUGUUUUGGCUGUCUGUGUAAAGGACACAUCAGCAAAGAUUGUAGGAAGCGACUCAGCUGCAACAUAUGCGGUUUAAAGCAUCCUAGUAUGCUGCAUAUCCACCAAAGAAGGAGCGAAAUGGAAGGACAAGCAGAUGUCAAGAAGGUGACUAAACCUAGUGCCGUAGCCUCUGUCCAAACAAGUGGUCUGACUGGGGCCGGCGAGGAUAAUUGCAAACUCUCAAUAGUGCCUGUACAAGUCAAGGCCAGGAAAGGGAAUUUGACAGUGCAUACCUAUGCAUUUCUUGACCCAGGUAGCAAUGCAUCAUUUUGCACAGUGGGGCUGAUGAAUAAGCUCAAUCUACAAGGAAGAAGGUCAAACAUUCUGCUGCGAACAAUGGGUCAAAGGAAGGUAGUUGAAACUAGUAUUGUUUCAGGCCUAGAGGUUGCUGGACUUGACGGCAGGAAAUUUUGUGAUCUCCCAGGCAUAUACACACAGAAGACUAUGCCAGUACACAAAGGAAACAUCCCACAUCAAAAUGACAUCAACUGUUGGCCUCAUCUGAGAGAUGUGCAUCUUCCAGAAAUUGACUCUGAAAUAGAGUUGCUGAUUGGUUCAGAUGUACCGAAGGCUCUGGAACCGCUGGAUGUAAUCCGGAGUGUGGGAGACGGACCUUACGCUGUCAAAACCAUGCUUGGUUGGACAGUUAAUGGACCACUAGGAGGCAAAAAUGAUGAGGCUCAGGAUAUCUGUUGUGAAGCUGGAUGAGCUGUGGGAACAGCAGUUCAAGAUCGACUUUCCUGAGUGUGUUCGUGACAACCCAGAACCUUCUAGAGAAGACCAACAGUUCUUGGAUUUUGUCUCCAAGUCUGCCAAGCUCAGCAAUGGUCAUUACUGCAUUGGACUACCUUUAAAGGAAAGGUAAACAUCCAUGCCUGACAACAGAAUUGUGGCUGAACAACGCACACUGAAUUUAAAGAGAAGAUUCAAGAGAGAUUCUGCUUUUCAUUUGGACUACACCAUCUUCAUGUCUGACAUGAUAUCCAAAGGCUACGCAGAAAAGGUACCAGACAGUGUCUUGAAACACAGUGAUGGUCGAAAAUGGUAUCUACCGCAUCAUGGUGUUUUACAACCACAAAAGAAAAAGCUUCGAGUGGUGUUUGACUGUG